CACCUCAGCUUAUCGGAGUCAUCUACGAAGGAUGCAAGCUGCAUAGGAUCUUCGACCAGGUCUUGGCGUUCCUCGAUUGGUGCAUUGGUCGAUAGCUUAACAGCAUUGCUUCGCCUGCCUGUUUCGGCUUGGGCAGUUUCAGCCAGAGAGCUGGUCGAAGGAUAUGUAUGAGACACGGGAACUCUGGCUGACGACCAACGAUUAUGGUAUCGAUCUGCCUCCUCGGUCCGGCGAAGGAGAUGAAGCAGUUUCAUACCAAGACCAAGGAUACUGGAGAGGUGGAGGGAAGAGCGAUCACCAGCGCGACGAGUGAUAUCGUUCGUGCAAAGCAGAGACACCACCACGGAGUAUCAUGUCGCACGAAUGGUACAGGUCUCCUGUCGAAAUGCCCAGCGAUCUUACAUCGUCGCUAAGACAGGCGGUGACAGAUCAAUGGCAAGUCUGGACAGUGUCAGCAACGACAUCUCAAGUAUAAAGACUCACUACCACGUCCAUAGAUGCGCACAGCAAGAAAGAACAGAAGCUCCAAGUUGCAUCAUCAAAGACUCAACUCUCCACUACUAUUCCCCUUCUCGCUCAGCCUUCACCUUCCAAACAUAACUCAUCAUGCGCCUCUCUCUCCUGGCCACCUACCUUCCCUUCGCCUCGGCAGCCAUAACCUGGAAUCUCGUCAACCGCAACCCCAACCCCAGCCCCGACGAAGCAGACGCCUACGACCGCAUCACAUCAGCCAUGAACGCCGCGCUCUCUCGCUGGGCCAUACACCCCCGCAUCACCAAAUCCCUCUCCGUCAGCUACGUCCCCGGCGUCCCCACCGCAGACGCCAACUACGCGGGCAACAUGCGUUUCGGCUCUGACCGAGCUUACAUGACUGAAGGAACAGCAUUGCACGAGAUCGCUCAUACUUUGGGAAUCGGACAGACGGGCGCAUUCUUCGAUCGUUGCGAGAGAAACGAUUGGCCUGGGGCGACCAGAUAUUUGCAGAGUGUGGACGGGCCGGAUGCGAGGCUUUCGUGCUAUGGGCAGCAUGUUGGGCCGUAUGGGUUGAAUUUUGAUAAUGAGUUUAGUGAGACGGCGUUUCAGAGGCAUGUGGAGUUGAUUGUGGCUAUGUUGGAUGAUGGGAUGUAAACAGGUGACGUUUUGGAGAUAUUUCGGGGGA